UUAUUUCUUUAAAAGUUUUAAUCCAAAUAAUUUCUCAGUAUUUCUGCUGCAAGAAUCAGUUAUUUUAUUAUCUUCAUCCACUUCACAGCAUCUGCUCGCUGCAACAAGUACCAAUUACGAACCAAGGAAUCGGCUUGGAUUAAUUUGUACUUGCACCGGUUGCUGGCAUGGAAUCUCAGUUAGUCAUGCACAGUGGUGGUUGCCACUGCAGGAAAGUAAGGUGGCAUGCCCGAGCACAGACUAGCAUUGUUGCUUGGAAAUGCAAUUGUUCUGACUGCUCCAUGAGGGGAAAUAUUCACUUUGUUGUCCCACGCGAAAGGUUUGAGCUUUUGGGAGAUUCCGAGGAGUUCCUUACUACGUACACUUUCGGAACUCACAUGGCGAAACAUACCUUUUGUAAGGUUUGUGGAAUAACCUCAUUCUAUACCCCGCGAUCAAACCCGGAUGGGAUUGCUGUGACACUCAGAUGUUUGGACCCUGGAUCGCUUUCCCAUGUCGAGAUUCGACAUGCUGAUGGGAAGAAUUGGGAGAAAUUCUUCGAAGAGAGUGGCAUUGCUUCAGAAUCCAAAAUUCGUUCCGCCUAGUAGCU